CAAUCUCACUGUAAACGGAACAGCCACCAUCGACCUCCAGGCCUCUGGUCAAGUGGACCUCCGUAAAAUGACAACUUCACCAAGCAGUCUCCUCAUUGAUGGACACAUCAAGCCAAGUGGAGCUAUCAAGAUUGUUGGAACAAUGAGCAUGGAUGCCUUUGUCACCAAAACCGGCCUUCGAGUUGUCAAUACCUGGCAUUCCAGCACUGCAUUGAAAGGGCGUGUAGAACUCAGCCGGGGAAAGAUUCUUAGUGCAGACAUUGACUUUCCACAACAGAAAAUGGAAAUCCUUGAUGUCAACACAGAGUUCUUCAGCAUUCAUGGUGAUCAGGAGAAGAAACAAGACUUGGUCACAGACAAUCGAAAGAGACUGGAACUGUGCACAGGGGCCAGACUUGCCACAAUCACUGGCCUUGAGCUCUGUAAUGAAUUCCAGUGGUCUAAUGCUUCCAUGGUAGAUGCUGCUCCAUACUUCCCCUUCACAGGGCCCUUCUCUCAAAGCCUUGUUCUUUACAAGAGGGACACACACACUGGCUACAAACUCAUGGCUAAACAAUCAACGAAUCAGUAUUCCACUGUUGCUCAGAUAGCUCUGAACACACCUGGAUCCAGAACUGAUCGAUCUUUGGCUUUCGACUUUCUUCUAAAUAGGAAAACCAAAGACCUUGAAAUCAACCUGGCGUCCCCAUGGAAGAAGGCAGCAUUCAAAGGAUCGAUGGCAUAUGAAAGUAAGAAUAUCGGCAUGAAGGGCAAUCUGAUUGUCGAUGAAUCGAGAGAAUAUGGCAUCAUCAGCGAAGUUGGUAUCAAGAAAGUAAGGACAUUUGUGACCUACAUGCCCCGCCUGGAGAUCAGACGCCCAGGAGCCAAAGUUAUCCUACUCAGUGGAACAGUAGAGGCUGAAGCACUUAAGAGAGCAAGUGCUGAAUUAACCCUCAAUGGAGUAACACCACAUGCAAUCAGCUUUAGAUCUGCCUUACUGAACUCGAAAAUUGAGAAGAGUGUGAUGGGUACCUUCAGCCUUGCUCCAAAGCAGGACUACUUUCUCGAGGCUGGUUUGGUGUACCAGAACAGUGGCAGGAAGAAGUCCAUCAUCAAAGUCAUCCCAACAUUAACAGUCAAGACCCCCAAACUUCAACUCGUCUCUCUCUCUGGAUCAGGAGACUAUAAAGAGGGCAAAUCACUCAAGGGUGGUGUCUCUCUGGAUGUACACAAGGUCUUGGACAAACCAAUCACUCUGAAAUGUGACAUCAAGAAGACAGGUGGUUCUAAGAACAAGUACAGCGGAAGUGUAACACUUUCUUCCCGUUUCCUGGUCACCAAGCUUAGUGGCAACGUACAGACCAAGACGAGCACAGUCAGCACCUUUUUAACUCUCGACUACAAUCUGCCUAAGAUCCGAAGUAUCAAAAAGGACAAGAUCACAUUCAGCUCUAAAUACACUGAUCGUAGCACCAAGUCCCUCUGGAACUACCAGCUGAACACAAACUUCGAAGACAAGAGAUUCCCUGAGGUCAAUUUCUUCACGGAUCUUGACUUCUCUCACAACAACAAACACACAGAAGCUGGUGCAACAUUCCGAUAUGGACCUAAAUCCAAAGAUUCCUCCCGCCAGAUCACAGGCUAUGCUCUUGUUAACCAUGACGUUGGGUCCAAAGCCAAAGUUGACUACACAAUGAAAACUACUGUGGGACCACUGGAUGUGAAACUGAGCCUGAAAGGAAAGCAUAUCCAAGACAGUCGCAAUCUGAAUUCCACCAUGACAUUUGGCUAUGGCAAAGGAAAAACAAUUGAUGCUGCUCUCAAUCUGAGAAAUAGUGGAAAGAAGACACUGAAUCUUUUGGGUGAAGCAAGGCUUUCUUAUCCAGGCAAAGAACUCCAUCUGAAGACUGAUCUAAUCCAGUCCAAGAAAGACUACACACACUCCAUGACCUUCUUCAUGGACAAAGAAAAAUCUACUAUGGUAACAACCUACAAAAGACAGAGAGAUGCAGCCCACCAGGUGAAAUCUGACAUCAAGCUACAUUACAUCCAGCCAAUCCAACUGACUGCCUCCACUAACCUGAACAACAAGGACCUCAAGCUUUCUGCACAGGCCGAUUAUGCUGGUGAGGUUUAUGGAAUCAACACAGGCUAUAAAUACUCCAAGACUCCAAGUGCCAAGUGGAGCAUGGACAUUACAUACCCCACAAGACAUGUCAUUCUCCAGGUCGAGGGUGGAAGGCGAGGUGUCACAUACGAGGGCUCUGCUGAUGCUAAGUGGGAUGCUGACAAGGACAUUUCCAGGAGAUUCCUCCUCACAGGAAAACUCAACCUCAAGUCAUCUGGCAACUUUGCUUCCACUGUUGCAAUGAAAUACCCAACCAGAGAUGUGGAGUUCAAUAUCAAACAUGCUAGUGGCCAACAGUAUACUACACGUGCUGAUGUCUCUUGGGACACUGACAAGAAGAUCAAAGUAGACACAUCCUUCAAAAAGGUCCAAACACGAAAUGGUCAGUCACUUGAUGGUUCUGUGAGAGUGAAGACCCCGUUUGAAGGAUAUGAAGAUCUAAUGGCCCAGGCCAGUAGUGACAACAAUGACAAGAAAUAUGGCUCUUCAAUGCAACUCUCCUGGGGUGGAAAGAAAAAUCAGAUCUCUUCUGCUGUCAGCAUGAAGAAACCCUUCUCUGUAAGAAACCUUGACCUGACUAUCACAGGAACAUCCCCUUUCAAAGGAUACAGAAGGUUCAGCACCGAAAUAGAUCACAGAAUGACAACUUCUCUUAACACCAUCAUUAAGGGAAGCUUAGAGGGAAAGAAUGCCAAGCUCAUUUUGACUGGGGAGAACCGAUGCACUGACCAGAAAAGGGACAUUGAGGGUACCGUGAAUUUCAAGUCCAACUUCAAGGGAAUGCGAGCUGUUAAUCUACGUCUUUCUCACAAUGAUGAUUUCAGAAAGUUUGUGACUGACAUUGCUCUGGAUGUCAAUGGCGAUCAAUACACCUAUGAUUUGGAUAUGGACCAUGCAAGAUCUGGAUGGCAGUUCCAAAACACCGGUAAGCUCACACUCUCUUCUCCAAGCUACCGGUUCACCAACAACUGGCAACACAGGAAUACUCACAAUGACGUGAAAAGUACAAUGACAACCGAAUGGGGCAGGGGCCGACGCAUCUUUGUCAACAUAUUUGGAAACCAUGCUUCAACCACCAGAACAAAGGCCUUGGGAGGAGUAACCAUUGAAACUCCAUGGAAACCAAUCCGCAGUCUUGACAUCAACCUUGACCAUGAACACGGAAGAGGUUUUAUCCGCCACUCGUCUAACAUCAAGCAAGGAGAGGAUAUUAUUGGGUCAGCAGGAAUCAACUACAUUAGAUCUGAUGGGCAAACAGAGUCGGACUUUACACUGGCAUCACCUGUGACCGACCUCAAAGGGAAGAUAAGUGCUCGCUAUCUUACUUAUCCACUUUCAGGACAUGCUGAAUUAGAAUGGUCUCCAUAUAACAAAAUGUCGCUUGAUGGUUCCUUUGCUGCUCCAUCUAAAGAGAAUAUUGAAACAAGUCUACGGAUGACAAGUCCUUUUGAAAACUUCAGAGACAUUGUCUUGAAGGCAUCUCAUAAGAGGGAAGGAUCUGAUUUGAUAUCAAGAGGAAGUUUCAGCUAUGACAUCAGAAAGGCCUUUGAAUUUGAAGCACACAUUACUCCUGACACCCUGAACAAUUAUCGGGCAACACUGAAGACGCCUUUUGAUGACUACAAAUCUUUUGAGGCAGCACUUUCAUACGAUGGUGGCAGGAGAAACUUCAUGAGCAAAGCUAACUUUGCUAUCACUCCUGUUUUGGGAAACUUUGCUGGGAUCUUGAACUGGAACCUCGACGACAUGAAUGGAAAGAUGAGGAUAGAUACUCCAUUCCCUGACUAUCAGUACGUGCAGGUGUUUGCCAGCAGUGAACUUACAGGCAAGGGGAGACGCUCACACAUUGAAACAGAAUACUAUCCAAGGAAAACUGUUAGCCUUGAUGCUGUCUAUGCAUUUGGAACCCCCAUUAUCAUGGACGUCACCAUCAAGACUCCAUUUGAAAACAUGGAACACAUGAGUGCAUCCCUAAAACAUGCUCUCAGAAGACGCUCUCUACAAACACAUGCUGAUGUUACGUUUGCGUCUGACAGCAACUUGGCUGGCGAUCUGAAACUGAACUGGGCAAAGGGAUAUGAUGGCAGUCUGGUCAUCACCACACCUUUCCAUGGUUAUGAAAUCAACAAGCUAUCUGUCAGACAUGAGGGCACUUGGGAUGAUUUCAAGAGUCACGGAGAAAUUCAAAUGACAAGGAAAACUGGAGAAGUCGACCUUGAUUUCCGUCAUGGCUUUAGAUCAACUGGGACAUUCACACUCAAGACACCAUUUAAUGGCAUGGAAGAAACUAAAGUUUCACUUAACAAACGUGGCCUUUGGAAUAACAUACGAGGCGGUAUCAUCAUCACCUAUGGAAGAGAUCAAACAAUUGACAUCUCUGGCCAGAACAGAUUUUCUAAUGGACGCCUGGACACAACACUUCUUGUCAAAUCCCCCCUUUUCGGAGAACAUCAAAUUUGGCAUAGAUCAUGAUGGCCAACUAAGAAGCUUCUCAACUAAGGUAUCUGGAGCUGUUGGAUCACGACA